AUGCGUGUUCUUUUCAACUUCCAACUCGCCUUCUUUGGUCUACUGAUAUCACCUCUAUCUGGAGUAGUGAGAUGCUUAGAUCUUCCGGCAGCAGGUGGUGGAGGGCUUGAUAAACCCUUACCUGGAGUUGGUGGAGCAGGAGGUUUGGGAGAGACUGUUCAGGGUCUUGGUAUUGAUCAAAUCCUCAAUCUUGACCUGGACAAUCAAAAGAAAAUUGUUGGUGUAGGAGGUCAGCAAGGUGAAGCAAAGAUCGAUGUUCUGGCCGCAAAGCGUGCCAAAGAGAACAACAGUACAGCCGAAGAGGAGAAACAAAAAAUCAAGGAGAACCAAAAGAAUGAGAAGAAUACGAAGCAAAAGGCGGAGGAGGACCUGGUAGCAGGUCGCCUCAAUUCGUUCUAUGCAUAUGGCAUGCAGAGUGUCGGGCAGAAUGUUCGUCCCAAAUGGGUUCUGGUCUUCGAAAAUGCAUUCACUGCUCAUGCAUAUUUUGGCCAGGUGAUGCAAGACUAUCAGGAGUAUUACAAAAAGAGCAGAGAAAACUCCAAGGAUCCGCGUCCUCAUCCACAGAUCUUCAUUUUCCCUCAUGGUGUUGGACCAGACGGGUUGGAGCGAGUGAAGAGAUACAAGGAUUAUGCGAACAAAUUGUUUUUCAAUCCAGUUGAUGAGAAGAGUAUGCAGCUUCCUGUCAUUCCUGUGCAGGACAAAUAUGGCUAUGUCCUACACAGCAAUGGUUAA